GCAAAAUGUGCAUGUUUUUGUGAGAAAAGGCAAGAGGAGGAGGGAGCUUAUUUCCAAUACUAACUAGUGCACUAUUCAUCUCUAUUCAUUCAUCUGUGAACAUGCUGCUGCUGCUCCUUCUGCUGCUGCCAUCACAGGUGGAUGCUCAGCAUGUGUCUGGCCAGAAGAAGAACGGCGCGUGUGUCUGCGAUGUGAACUCCACCAUGUGGUCGUUCCCUACUGGGGAAUACAAAGCCACGCUGCAGCAGGUGACGACCUGUGAAGAGUCUCUGAACAGCCUGCAGGACAAGGUGGAGCUGUCCAGCAAGCGCCUCCCUCACAUGCAGGCCUUGAUAAAGAACAUGACAGAUCGACUGGAGCCCCAUCAGUAUCUGAACCACCAGGGCCUGUACACAAACCUGGCCCUGUACAAGCUGGGCCAAGAGCUCAGCCAGGUGGAGACAGACAUCGGGGACAUCCACAGCCAGCUAAACAACGCCAAGACACAGAAACUCUCCAAAGAGGUGGGUAAACUGCUUAAAGAUGUUGAAAGGAUGCAGGUUUCGAAAACAAUAAAUAUGAAGACAGUGAGAGAGAAGCUGCGCUACCUGAAGAACAGCGCUGAGUCCUGCAGGACCAUCCCCAAAGACUUCAGAGGCCAGGACAGCUACUGCAGGAAGGGCCUUAUGUCCAACAUCAGUGAACCUGUCACAACUAAGAUCAGUCCCUAUGGUAAGAGCAUUAUCUCCGGCUCGUGGGGCAAACAGGCCCAGAUGGACAGCGAGGGCCAGAAGAACAGCUACUGGGUUCAGCCUCUGCUCAACAGCCACAUAUGGGGCAACACCCUGCGCGUAUACCAAACCUACGAAGACUUCAUGGCCUCAGUCAACCACAAAGACUUUCCAGUUGCUCCGUCUUUCGGUCACGCCAACACCAUUGACGGUCCCAGCGCUAUUCUAUACGGCGAGGCGCUAUACUAUCACUGCUACCGCUCUGCAGAUAUCUGCCGCUACGACCUGAAAAGCAACUCUGUCAACAGAGUGACACUUCCUGGCACGGGUGUGGGUUUCAACAACAAGUUCCCGUACUGCUACUACGAUUGCAGGGCCAACAGUGAUAUUGAGGUGGAGGUGGAUGAGACGGGACUGUGGGCCCUGUAUGCCACCGUUGGUAACCACGGUAAUCUGGUAGUGAGCCGGCUACUCUGGGACAGCGAGGCUGAGACCCUGAACGUCACGCAGACAUGGGAGACGAUGAUUUUCAAGAAGGCGGUGAGCAAUGCGUUCAUGUCGUGUGGGGUUCUGUACGCCACUCGCUACUUGGACGAUUACCACGAUGAGGUGUUCUACGCCUUCGACACGGCUACAGGCAGAGAAGAUAACUCACUCACACUGCCGCUGGAGAAAGUAGCCAAGGGCGUGGCCAGCCUGAGCUACAACCCCACCAACAAGCAGAUCUACAUGUUCAACGAUGGAUAUCUACUCGCCUACCAGGCCAGCUUCUCCCCUCAAUUUGAUAUGUAUAACACGAAGUAAACAGAACCAGAGAAUAUUUCAAGUUAUGAAUGUUUAAAAUAUAUAUAUUAUUUAGUUGUAGUCCUUAUUGUUGUGAUUUGUAGGGCAUACAACAUACUUUUUAAGAACAUGUUUGUAAAGCUAGAAAAUUAAAACGAUAUAAAAUAAUAAAAACUGCAUUGUUUUUAGCAACAUUUUGAGGUUGUUCACUCUCAGUUUUACCUACAAAUAAAGAGUAAAUAAUAAAUAAUGUGGUGAAAAUGUUA